GGCUUGACUCCCACCGCUCCGGCAUAGUCGAUGCGAUCGCCAGCAAGGUCUCUAUGUGGGUGCCUGGAAUGUAUGAUAGCGGAGCUUACGCGUCUUCUGGGGCCGCUGAGAGCAAGAAUGUGGUUGAUCCAGUAGCUGGUGAGGAUGACGCUGCUACAACU